AAUUGUACAAACGGCAUAUGGGGUAAAGAAGGUUACCGAUUAAACUUUGGACGUUUCAUUCAUUCAAUCGUUAUCAUCUUUCUUCCAUCAUCCCUUUGGUUAUUGGUCAUCAGAGGAUCACAUAUCUUCCCUCAUCAACAUCAAUUCUUGACCUUUGCCAUAUUAUUAUCCUCAUCUUUUCCUUAUCAUCAAAUUUGUCUUUUAUGUCCCUUUGAGUAGUGCAACUCUCAGUCUACUACAAGACAUUUGCACAAUAUGACUACUACACCUCCCACCACAAUGGUGAGCCAUAAAAAGGUUCAACACUUCAUUGGUGGUAACUCUCUGGACACAGCCGCCUCAAGCAGCGUAGCAGAUUUCGUUCGUCGCAAUGGAGGUCAUACAGUGAUCACACGUAUCCUUCUGUGUACAAACGGUAUCGCUGCCGUCAAAGAGAUUCGUUCAAUCCGGAAAUGGUCUUACGAAACAUUUGGAAAUGAACGUGCAAUCACAUUCGUUGCAAUGGCAACACCAGAAGAUCUCAAGGUCAACGCAGAAUACGUUCGUUUGGCAGACGAAUGGGUAGAAGUGCCCGGUGGAACAAAUAACAACAAUUUCGCAAAUGUGGACUUGAUUGUCGAUAUUGCAGAACGAACUGGCGUACAUGCCGUUUGGGCAGGUUGGGGUCACGCAUCAGAAAACCCACGUUUGCCAGAACAAUUACGUGCCUCAAAGCAAAAGAUUGUUUUCAUUGGACCUCCAGGAUCUGCUAUGCGUUCUUUGGGUGACAAAAUUUCUUCCACAAUUGUCGCUCAACACGCAGAUGUACCAUGUAUGCCAUGGUCCGGUACCGGUGUCAAAGAUACAAUCAUGAGCGACGAAGGAUUCUUGACCGUCUCUGACGAAGUAUACCAAAAAGCAUGCAUUCACACAUCCGAAGAAGGUCUUGAACGUGCACAAACAAUCGGAUUCCCUGUCAUGAUCAAAGCAAGUGAAGGUGGUGGUGGUAAAGGUAUCCGUAUGUGCGGAAAUGCAGAAGAUUUCCGUCAACUAUAUAACGCUGUCCUUGGUGAAGUUCCUGGAUCUCCAGUCUUUGUCAUGAAAUUGGCCGGAAAAGCAAGACAUUUGGAAGUUCAAUUGAUGGCAGAUCAAUACGGUAAUGCAAUCAGUAUUUUCGGUCGUGAUUGUUCCGUUCAACGUCGUCAUCAAAAGAUCAUUGAAGAAGCACCAAUCACAAUCGCACCUGAAGAUGCUCGUGAAGCUAUGGAAAAGGCAGCAGUCAGAUUGGCAAAACUUGUCGGUUAUGUAUCCGCAGGUACAGUCGAAUGGCUCUACUCGCCCGAAUCAGGCGAAUACCAUUUCCUCGAACUAAAUCCACGUUUGCAAGUGGAGCAUCCUACCACAGAAAUGGUCUCUGGUGUCAAUAUUCCUGCUGCUCAAUUGCAAGUUGCAAUGGGUUUGCCAUUGUACUGCAUCCGUGAUAUUCGUACUUUGUACGGAAUGGACCCCAAAGGAACAGAGCCAAUCGAUUUCGACUUCAAAGACCCAGCAAGUUUGCAAACUCAACGCAAGCCUCAACCCAAAGGCCAUGUCAUUGCUUGUCGUAUCACUUCAGAGAAUCCAGAAACAGGUUUCAAGCCUGGAAUGGGUGCUUUGACCGAUUUGAAUUUCCGUUCUUCCACAUCCACUUGGGGAUACUUCUCAGUCAGUCAAUCAGGAGCACUGCACGAGUUUGCUGAUUCACAAUUCGGUCACGUUUUCGCCUAUGGAUUGUCUCGUGAGGAGGCUCGUCAAAACAUGGUCGUCUCUCUCAAAGAAUUGAACAUUCGUGGUGAUUUCCGAACAAUUGUUGAAUACUUGAUCAUGUUGUUGGAGAAGCCUGCUUUCGAAUCUAACCAAAUCUCUACCGCAUGGCUUGAUGGAUUGAUCAAAGAUCGUGUCUCAAGUGACAAGCCUCCAUUGGAAGUUGCUGUAUUGUGUGGUGCGGUCGUGAAAGCACACUUGAGAUGGCAAGAAUGCGAAGCUCUUUACAUGAGCAUUCUACACAAAGGUCAAGUUCCACCUCGUGAUACUCUUCGAACCACAUUCAGUGACAUUACCUUCACCAUGGACGGUGUCAAAUUCACAGUAACAUGUUCUCGCUCAUCUGCAGCUGGUUGGACAAUCUACCUCAACGGUGGAAGACAUCAAGUUGCAACACGCUCAUUGAGUGAUGGUGGAAUGUUGAUCAGUAUUUCCGGACGUUCUCACCCUACCUACUGGCGUGAAGAAGGUGGCGGUUCUUCGUUGCGUCUCAUGGUUGACAGCAAGACCGCCCUUUUGGAAGACGAAACUGAUCCUUCACAAAUCCGCAGUCCAUCUCCCGGAAAAUUGGUCAGUUUGUUGGUUUCUUCUGGAUCUCACGUCACUGCCGGUCAACCUAUUGCUGAGUUGGAAGUGAUGAAGAUGUACAUGCCUUUGACAAGUCAAGAGAGCGGUAUUGUAAACUUCCUCAUGUCUCCAGGUACACCAGUCAAUGCAGGUGAUAUUUUGGCAAUUCUUUCGCUUGAUGAUCCAUCCAAGGUUCAACGCGCAAAGCCAUUCGAUCGUCAACUGCCUGACUCUGGGUCGCCAGUCAUCAUUGGUUCCAAAUCUCAUCAAAGAUUCGCAUACGUCUUGUCCGUCUUGAGCGAUAUCUUGGACGGUUUCGAUCAAAGCGUGUUAAUGCAAGCUUGCCUCAAUGAGUUAUUGGACCUAUUGCACAACGUUGAAUUGCCAUACGGUGAAGCCUUGCACGUUCUCUCUUCCUUGUCUGGACGUAUUCCUUCUCGCUUGGAAGAAUUGAUCCGCACUUCCAUUGAUUCCAGUCACGGAAAGGGUUUGGAAUUCCCAGCAGCCCGUUUACGCAAAGUCACUGACAACUACAUCCGUGAUAGCGCUGAUAAGGCUAUUCAAGGUCAAGUGCAAACCACUGUUGCGCCUUUGAUGCACAUCUUUGAUGAAUACGCACCUGGUUUGCGUCAACACGGAGCCAACGUUUUGGCAGGUCUUUUGCAACGUUAUGCCGACGUUGAAGGUCAAUUCUCUGGAGAAGCUGAUGUGGUUUUGAAACUUCGUCAAGAGGCAGACAGCUUAGACAAAGUUGUUGCUUUACAACUUUCACAUAACGGUGUCUUGUUGAAGAAUGCGUUAGUGAUUUCGCUUUUGGACAAGGUGGUAAAGCAAGCUGCAAUCUGGGUUCGUGGUACUGCUGAUUCAAAGAUCAGUCGUGCAUUGAACGGUUUGGCUGCUUUGGAGGGUAAAUCUACCGCUCCAGUUGCAUUGAAAGCUCGCGAAGUAUCUCUCGCUCGUGAUUUGCCAAGCUUGGACGAUCGUAAAUUGCAAAUGGAAUCCAUUCUCAAGACGUCCAUUAUGUCAUCAUCCUAUGGUGGCGAUCGUGAAUAUCAUGAACCUGAUUUCAACACUCUUCGCGAGCUCAGUGACAGUCAAUACACUGUGUAUGACGUCUUGCACACCUUCUUUGGCGCUUCACAACCUCAUUUGGCCUACGCCGCAUUGGUUACAUACGUCUUGCGCGCUUACCGUGCCUAUGAAAUCGUGGACUUUGAAUACGCAACAGAAGAUUACGAUGACGAAGAACGUGCUGUUCUCACAUGGCAAUUCCAAGUCUUGCCCGCCGGAAGACCUCAAACCGAGAGACAAGUAUCUGAAAGUGAUUUGGCUACCAUGAAAGCAGCUUCAGAUGCCAAUGCAUUCGGUCACAGUACCAACGGUCAUGGUAUCAACGGUGGUGCUGCUGCUGAGCUAAGACAGGGUACAAUGACCAGCUGUGCCACUUUCGAUGAUUUGAACGAAGUGAUCCCAAGAACAUUGCGUUACUUCAAAUCUAGAUUGAACGCACCAACAAAUGUUCUCAACAUUGCUGUGACAAAUGAAGCAAAGACAACUGAUGUUGAAGCUCGUGCAUUAUUCAUCAAAGCUGCCAACACAUUUGCAUCCGAAUUCGACGCUGCUUGCAUUAGUCGUGUUACUUUCUUGCAUUGUCAACCAGGUGUUUACCCUUGGUUCACCACAUUGCGAAGAAGUCAAGAUGGUGGUCAAUGGGCCGAAGAGAAGUUCAUUCGUAACAUCGAGCCUGCUCUUGCCUAUCAAUUGGAGUUGGAACGUAUGACUACAAACUUCGAUGUGACACCAGUUCCAAUCUCUUCUUCAACAAUCCACUUGUACUUUGCACGUGGUAUUGCGAACCCAGCCGACACCCGUUUCUUUGUUCGCUCUCUCGUUCGACCCGGUCGUAUUGAUACAGCUAACCAAGCUGAGUACAUUAUUUCCGCUUCUGAUCGUAUCGUGAACGAUAUCUUGAACGUUUUGGAAGUUGCAAUGGGUCAAGCAGAAUACCGCAACGCAGAUGCUUCUCACAUCUUUAUGUCUUUCAUCUACCAAUUGGAGAUCACCAUUGAAGAUGUUCAAAGAGCAUUGGCAGGUUUCAUUGACCGUCACGGUUUACGUCUCUUCCGUUUGCGUGUUACCGCUGCUGAGAUUCGUUUGAUCGUUCGCGGAAAGGAUGGUGAACGUAUGCCAAUGCGUGCCUUCAUCACCAAUGAGACUGGUUUGGUUGUUCGUUAUGAAGCAUACCAAGAACUUCCAGGCGAAGAUGGAGAAAUUCUCUUGUCCAACAUUGCCGGUCCAUCUGCACCCGCUCCUUUGCACAUGCAACCUGCCAACCAACCAUACUCAACAAAGGUUGCCUUGCAAUCACGUCGUUCCAGAGCACACGCAUUGCAAACCACAUUCGCGUAUGACUUCAUUGAUGUUUUACGUCAAUCUUUGCGUGCCAAGUGGAAGCGUACAUCGUUGAAGCAUCCUUCUGACCCAAUCAAAUCUCAUUUCGAAUUGGUCUUGGAUGACAAUCAACAAUUGCGACAAGUGCAACGUGCUCCAGGAAUGAACAAGAUUGGUAUGGUUGCUUGGUUGAUCGAAGUUCUCACACCUGAAUAUCCUAAUGGUCGUCCCUUGAUCAUCAUUGCAAACGAUGUUACCAUUCAAGCUGGUUCAUUCGGACCUGCUGAAGAUGCAUUCUUUGCAGCUGCAUCUCGCAUGGCACGUCAAUUGGGCAUCCCACGUUUGUACGUUUCAGCAAACUCUGGUGCAAGAAUUGGUUUGGCAACAGAAGUGAUGGAUCUUUUCAAGGUCAAAUUCGUCGAUGAUGAUGCAGUGAAAGGAUUCGAGUACCUAUACUUGGACAAUGAAGGUCUUGAACAAUUGAACAGAACCGCACCUGACAGCGUUCGUACACAGAAGAAGACCAACGGAGACGGAAGUGUUCAUCACGUUUUGACAGACAUCAUUGGUGCAUCUCAAGAUGGUUUGGGUGUCGAAUGUCUCUCUGGAUCUGGUUUGAUUGCCGGUGAAACGAGUAGAGCAAAGGAAGAAAUCUUUACUGCAACAAUCGUUACCGGUAGAAGUGUAGGUAUCGGUGCUUACUUGGCCCGUCUUGGUGAACGUGUGAUUCAAGUGGAAGGAUCACCAAUGAUCUUGACCGGAUACCAAGCAUUGAACAAGCUCUUGGGUCGGGAAGUGUACACAAGUAACUUGCAAUUGGGUGGUCCCCAAAUCAUGUACCGGAACGGUGUUUCUCACAUCACCGUCAAGGAUGAUUUGUCUGCCAUGACAUCGUUUGUGAAAUGGUUGUCCUUCGUUCCUUCAAAGAAAUCUUUGGAUUUGCCUCGCUUCUUACCAACAGUCGGUGCCGAUACUUGGGAUCGUUCGGUUGACUAUGUUCCACCAACUGGAGCAUACGACCCACGCUUCUUGAUCGAAGGUCAAACAGACGCUGAAACCAACAAACACAUCUCUGGUUUGUUCGACAAUGGAUCCUUCCAAGAAACUCUUGCUGGAUGGGCAACUUCUGUUGUCGUUGGUCGUGCACGUUUGGGUGGUAUCCCAAUCGGUAUUAUUGCAGUCGAAACACGUACUUUGGAACGUGUUGUUCCAGCUGAUCCUGCCAACCCAAAUUCGCAAGAACAAAGAAUUAUGGAAGCCGGUCAGGUCUGGUACCCUAACUCAGCCUACAAGACUGCACAAGCCAUCUUGGACUUCAACCGUGAAGGUUUGCCAUUGAUGAUUUUGGCAAACUGGCGUGGUUUCUCUGGUGGUCAAGAAGAUAUGUUCCAACAAGUUCUCAAGUACGGUUCAAUGAUUGUUGAUGGAUUGGUGCAAUACAAGCAACCUGUCUUUGUUUACUUGCCACCAAAAGCUGAAUUACGUGGUGGAGCUUGGGUUGUUGUUGACAGGACAAUCAAUGACAACGGAUUGAUGGAAAUGUACGCUGAUCCUACAAGUCGUGGUGGUGUUUUGGAACCUGAAGGUAUUGUCAGUGUCAAAUACCGUCAAGACAAGCAACGCGAAACGAUGAACAGAUUGGAUCAAGAAUACGCCAAACUUUCCGCUCAAGCUAAAUCUGCCAACGCAAGCAACGAAGCACGCAAAGCAUUGGCUCAACGUGAAAAGCAAAUUGCACCAAUCUUCUCAGCAGUUGCUACAGCAUACGCUGAUUUGCACGACAAGACUGGAAGAAUGACUGCAGUUGGCGUUAUUCGCGAAGCUGUUCCGUGGAAAGAAGCUCGUAGAUACUUCUACCAACGAUUGAACCGUAAAUUGUUGGAAGAAGGAUGUUUGAAGACAUUACGAUCCGCAAGCUCGAUCUACUCAUCUGAUACCCAACUUGCGCGAAAUGCCCUGGAAGAUGCAUUGGGCGUUGGAUUGGAUGAUGUUGACGAUGCAACGAUGAUCAAAACAUUGGAAGAUGCAAAUGGUAAAUUUGCACAACGAUUCAAUGGUCUCGUCAAGCAAGCGAAAUCACAAGAAGUGAUCAGGUUGGCAUCUACUUUGGAUGCUGACACUCGUCGUGCCCUUUUGGCCAGCUUACAAGUCUGAGAAGGGUACGUUUUUCUCUUUUAUUUUCAUUCUGUUGUACAUAGCAUUUUCUUUUCUUCCUUC